AGGUGAAGCUCUUAAGGCAACUACUGCCCUGUUGGUCGUUUCGUCUGUCGUCAACCUCUCUCGGUGGUACGAUAUACGACUAAUCGGUAUAAUAAUGGGCUUAGGAAGUUGUGGAAAUUGUGCACGUAAGAAAAAGUGCGGAUCAAAUACAAGAGCAUGAAGAAUCUAAUGUGCCAUUUGCACAGUCCUUUGUGACCUUUUAGUAGUAGAUACUACGAGUAGCCAAGCAGAAUGGGUCCAAAGGGGGGAAAAUGGAACCCACAACCACUUUUCUAUGCUUUAUGGAGAAACAGGGCACUUUUGCUUUUCAUAGGGGUGGUUAUCCUCCAUAUAUCCCCGAUUAGUGCAAGUGGUGGUGUGCAGGGUCAAAGACGACACGUAAAACGGGACUCGGUGGUGGGAGCGUGGCCCCAACUUCAACUAGACAAAUUCGAACAAUUAUUUGAGGAUGACGAUAGAGGUUCUUCAAGAGGUUCCUCUGAAUUUACUAUAAUUUCUCCACUGGGUGUGCAAGACAGACAGAAUGGUGGGAAAGGGAAUAAACGUGUGGUUCGACGGAGGAGAAAGAAAGUGCCAUCAUUACCAUCCAUUACGACAACGCCCAGUCCAACGGUGAUCGCCGUAACACUGAUGCCUUCAAGUGCGGAACCGAUAUCCUCUGUCCCGAUAUAUGAAGCAGCUCCAAAACGCCGUUACAAAAAGAAAAGUCACGCCCACAAAGUUCCGGAAGUGUGGAAAGUGCAGAACUUUAACUUGCAUGAUGAUGAUGACGGAGUCAUGCUACGAGAUUCUGAUCUAAAGCACUCAAUCCUGGAUAAAAGAGAAUCAUCUGAACAUCUUUUUCGCCACCACAACGACUCAAGCUUGCUCCACAAUAAUAGCAAGGAUCGUGACUUGAAUUAUGAUGAAAGCAUCAACAACCACCCUUUCUUCAACUCCUCGUCCACUCCCAUUUCAAACGAACUGCAAAAUUCACUACAAUUUACACUACAAUUCUUGCACCCUCUCCUGAAUUCUGAUGCAGCCGUGCUGUCGGAAGAUAGUCCUCAACACCCAGAGAACAAAACCGUUGCUCUAAUUCAUACCCUUAGUGAAAGCGUGGCACAAACCCCAGUCUCUCAUGAUCUAGGGUUCAUACCCACCCACUUAAAAAAGAAACAUCCCCUUCUACUCAAUCAAGACUCCAUUCUUUCGGGAGAAGGUGGAACUGGGGCGUCAAAAACGGGAAUCCGUACCAAUUAUGAUGUACAGCCCACCCAAGUUAACCCAACUACCAUCGGAACCACUACUACGACACCAACUUUGGAUACUACCAUAUUUUCUAUCACUGCCUCUGACCCACUUUCGGAAUCCUCAGAAACUACAACAAAGCCCUCUCAGGCAACAACUUCCACAACGACAAAGGUACCCAGAACCAGAAUAACUACCAAAAGGAUUCCCUCGACAAGGCGCACGCCAACGACCACAACUACAACGGAAAAAACAACCACCAGUCAACCAACGACAACUAAAACGACCAGUCAACCAACGACAACUAAAACGACCAGUCAACCAACGACAACUAAAACGACCAGUCAACCAACGACAACUAAAACGACCAGUCAAUCAACGACGAAAUUUACUACCAGUAGCUCUACACCAGCACGGUUUAGUACAACGCCAAUAAUAAGUACAACAAAACUGACAACCAUCACAACUACUAAACCACAUUCUACCACGUUAAGAACAACGACAUCCACCAUGGGGAUACCACCACCAUUUGACAUUGAUCACAUAUUGGGGAUUCUUAACAUAACGGAAGUCACAACCGGAAGUUCGUCAGAAGCAACAGCACCCAACAGCAGCAGUGCGUCUGGAACAGAUCGAGAUCAGUUGAACGAAGCAUUUCAACACCCUCCCGUAAUUAUGUUUCCGGUGGAGGAGAAAGCCCCAACAACUGCCACAGACCCCAAUGUAAAGUCUGUCCACAGUAACAACAAUGGCGGUGAUGGAGGGACAAAUUCUGCGGAAGUGUCCUCAGCGGAACAAUUAUUCGUCGAACAACUACUGGGGAUAUCAGGUCCUGGAAAGAGUCACAAUGGUCAUAAAACAACUGUAGGAGGAGGUGGCGCAAAUGAACAAUCCGAUUCCGGAGAACAAAUCUUGCAACUAUUCAGCAGUUUGAUACAGCUUCAAAAUAACAAUCAAGCAGGAAAACCAAAUUCUAGCGAUCAAAAAAAUCCACUGCUACUCGGCGUAAGCAACUCUAAUCAAAAUGCCAAUAAUAAUAAUAAUCAGAAUGAUGCACAGAUCAAUUCUCUCUUGCAAAACUUAAUCUUGUCUUCGUUGACAAAACCGCAAAAGCCAAAUCAGCCCGACUUUGCUACAAAUUUGCUCAAUUUGGAAAGUCUACUUCAGUCCUCGUCAACGACAAAGCCUUCGACAAGCACCAAAAGUAAUAGUCCUCCUUCUCCCCCCACAACUGCUACAACAACAAAAUUACAGUUGUCUUCCAAUCUGAAAGCGGAAACUGGACUGAGUGAUGCGGAUCUAAAGUCGAUUUUUGCGUUAUUAGACAGCCAAACAAAUUUAUCAAGUCCACCUACGCAAUCUGCAACAACCACGACGACGACGACAACUACUAGCACUCCCCCACCUACCUCGACUUCUCCUCCUCCCACGUCUACCAUCACGACAACCUUGCAUCCUGCCCUUCAAAGCAUGCUUGACCUCUUCACCAAUCAACUAAAACCGUUCCAAAGCAUACCCAGCUCAGCUCCAACUUUCCUCCAAACUUUGGCGAAACCCACAGCGACCGUCCCGCCACCAACAACGCCAAAACCCUCACCUCCUUCGCUGGCCACAUCCACCCUGAACUCCAUUGACCUCCUCUCUCAACUGCUAAGCCUUGGAGGUGGUGGCCUCAGCAAGGUCAACCCUCCAAGAUCAACACCCUCUCCGGCCGAAUUUUCGCUAGCCUCAAUCUUUGGUGGAGGCGGCGUUGGUACCAUUCCUCAGAAAAACCCACCAGGAAACCCCGAAUUUUCACUAGCUUCCAUAUUUGGGAAUAUUGGGAAGAAUAGCAACACGAAUAGCAUAUUUCCCAACAGUAAUCCUUCCUUGCCCAAGUCUCCUAUUGAGCAAUCCUCAAUACCUUCAGAGUCUAACCAACUGCUGAACUACUUUGGAACCCAUCAUCAACCCACGCCUCCUCCCCCCAAUGGACUCUACUAUUGGCUGGACAUGAAUGCUUUUCUGGGAGGAGAUCCCAAAGCGGAUGGGAUGGCAGGAAUCAGACCAAAAAUUGGAAAUCGAUUUCCAUUUAUCAAAGUUCAUUAGCAGGUCAAAUGCUCAAUCACCUCAGCAGUCACUUAAACCGUAGACGAAUAAAGUAAACAAUACAAAUACAAUGAACCAAUUAAGUAGCUGGUAAAUGUCGGAAUUAUGUAUAAACUUGUUUAAAUUUACGAUGUAUAGCAGUCUAUAAUAUCUUUACAUUAUUUAUUUUGUUUCUAUUUUCUAUUAUCCUGAUUACAUUUGUCAUUCUUUUUGAGAAAUGAUAAAACUACGUUCCCAAUAAAUCUCUUUUGGAACAAACAGCAA